GAGGACGCGCGGCAAAUAUGGCGGGCCCAGCGCCGAGUACAAUUAUGGCAGAAGACUACUUCGGGAAUGCCUCAGAGUGGGGCGAAGAGGCGGACGGCGGCCAGCAACAGGAAGAUGAUUCUGGAGAGGGAGAGGAUGAUGCCGAGGUGCAGCAGGAAUGUCUGCAUAAGUUUUCCACCCGGGACUACAUCAUGGAGCCCUCCAUCUUCAACACUCUGAAGAGGUAUUUCCAGGCAGGAGGGUCUCCAGAAAAUGUCAUCCAGCUCUUGUCUGAGAACUAUACAGCGGUGGCCCAGACUGUCAACCUGCUGGCUGAGUGGCUCAUUCAGACAGGUGUUGAGCCAGUGCAGGUGCAGGAGACUGUGGAAAACCACUUGAAGAGUUUGCUGAUCAAGCACUUUGACCCUCGGAAAGCAGAUUCUAUUUUCACCGAAGAAGGAGAGACUCCAGCUUGGCUUGAGCAGAUGAUUGCACACACCACAUGGAGAGACCUGUUCUAUAAGCUGGCUGAAGCCCAUCCUGACUGUCUAAUGCUCAACUUCACAGUGAAGCUUAUUUCUGAUGCGGGGUACCAAGGGGAGAUCACCAGUGUGUCCACAGCCUGCCAGCAGUUGGAAGUCUUCUCCAGAGUGCUUCGGACCUCUUUGGCCACCAUCUUGGAUGGAGGAGAAGAGAACCUGGAGAAAAAUCUCCCUGAGUUUGCAAAAAUGGUGUGCCAUGGAGAGCACACAUACCUGUUUGCACAGGCCAUGAUGUCCGUGCUGGCCCAGGAAGAACAGGGUGGCUCUGCAGUGCGCAGGGUUGCUCAGGAAGUCCAGCGCUUCGCCCAGGAGAAAGGCCAUGAUGCCAGUCAGAUCACGCUGGCCUUGGGCACGGCUGCCUCCUACCCCCGGGCCUGCCAGGCGCUUGGUGCCAUGCUGUCCAGGGGAGCCCUGAAUCCUGCAGACAUCACAGUCUUGUUCAAGAUGUUCACCAGCAUGGACCCUCCUCCCGUGGAGCUCAUCCGGGUGCCAGCUUUCCUGGACCUGUUCAUGCAGUCACUCUUCAAGCCUGGGGCCAAGAUCAACCAGGACCACAAGCACAAGUACAUCCACAUCCUGGCAUACGCUGCCAGUGUGGUGGAGACCUGGAAGAAGAAUAAGCGGGUUAGCAUUGGCAAAGACGAGCUGAAGUCCACAUCCAAGGCCAUUGAAACUGUCCACAAUCUGUGUUGCAAUGAGAACAAGGGGGCCUCUGAGCUGGUCGCUGAGCUGAGCACCCUCUAUCAGUGCAUUAGGUUUCCAGUGGUUGCGAUGGGAGUGUUAAAAUGGGUAGAUUGGACUGUGUCGGAACCAAGGUACUUCCAGCUACAGACUGAUCACACUCCGGUUCACCUGGCCUUGUUGGAUGAGAUCAGCACCUGCCACCAGCUCCUGCACCCCCAGGUUCUGCAGCUGCUUGUUAAGCUUUUUGAGACCGAGCACUCCCAGCUAGACGUGAUGGAGCAGCUCGAGUUGAAAAAGACCCUGCUGGACAGGAUGGUCCACCUGCUGAGCCGUGGCUAUGUACUUCCUGUGGUCAGUUACAUCCGUAAAUGUCUGGAGAAGCUGGACACUGACAUUUCACUGAUCCGCUACUUUGUCACUGAGGUUCUGGACGUCAUUGCCCCACCGUACACCUCAGAUUUUGUGCAGCUUUUCCUUCCCAUCUUGGAAAAUGACAGCAUUGCAGGCACCAUCAAAGCAGAGGGUGAGCACGACCCUGUGACCGAGUUCAUUGCCCACUGCAAGUCUAACUUCAUCGUGGUGAACUGAGCAUCCAGAGCUGAAGCUGAACCUUCUGGGCUCGGGAAGACUGGAGGACUAGUUCACGAAGCUGCUUUGUGAAGAAGGCUCAGCCAGCCUCCGGAAAGUGGGGUCUGCUGGGAGGGAGCAAGCAGCUUUUCUCAAAAGCACCGUGUUCACAGUGCCCAGGAGGAGCUGCUACGGUGGACAGCCCCCUCUUUGUUGCACUGUGUCCUGGCAUCAUGUGUUACAUGCCAGAGCUGGCUGGCUGCACCUCUGGGGAGGAACCCAUGGGCCUCUGAGUAGUGGGCUGGGACGCUUCCCUGAACUCCUUUUAGAGUUUAUGUGUUUUCUACCUGUGACCCAGGUGGCUGGUUAUUGGUUUAAAUUUCCAAGAGUAAUGCUGGGCUGGGAAGUGUGUGUCCUCAUGUACUGUCCCAUGUGAAUAAAAUGCACAAGCUCAGA